AGACCAGAGGUAAUGUCCCCCAGGGAACGACUCCCAGGCCACCAAGUACAGGAACCUGCGGGCCCAGCGCAUGGCCGCCAUGCAGGCCGUCCUCUGGCAGGAGCAGAAAGGAGCCUGGUUCGACUAUGACUUAGAAAAUGGCAGGAACAACUUGGAGUUUUACCCAUCCAACCUCACCCCGCUCUGGGCCGGCUGCUUCUCUGACUCCAGCAUCCCAGACAAGGCUCUGAAAUACCUGGAGGACAGCCAAAUCCUGACCUACCAGCAUGGGAUCCCGACCUCCCUCCUCAACACAGGCCAGCAGUGGGACUUCCCCAAUGGCUGGGCCCCCCUCCAGUACCUGGUCAUCACAGGCUUGACCAAGUCAGUCUCCCCUCGGACCCAAGAAGUGGCUUUCCAGCUGGCCCAGCACUGGAUCAGAACCAACUUUGACGUCUACUCCCAAAAGUCAGCCAUGUAUGAGAAGGAGGGGUUUGGCUGGACCAGUGGCAUGGCCCUGAUGCUCCUGGACUGCUAG